AUGUCGCUACGACGCCUGCACGCGCCCGCGAUGCGCACCCAUCAACGAUCGGAAACUCCGCCCCCGCCAUACGCCGAGUACGACGAGAAUUGCCCGCCCAGAUAUACGAUUCUAUAUCAGUACGAAGGCCUCGACCUUCCUAUUCAGAUAUAA